GAAGAUCAUGGGUCAAGAGCUGUGUGCAAAGACUCUGCAGCCUGGAUGCAGCUGCCGUUGCUGUUGGGAGGGAGGCGACGCACACAGCCGUCAGAGGAGCGCUCCGGUGAUGAUGGAGGCUGCGAUCAAGCUAACAGACCUAAAAGAAGCAUCAUGUUCCAUGACUUCAUUUCACCCCAGGGGACUUCAGGCUGUCCGUGCCCGGAAGUUCAAGAGUAAAAGGCCACGGAGUAACAGCGAUUCUUUUCAGGAAGAGGAUCUGAGUCAGGGUUUUCAGUGGAGGAAGAGCCUCCCCUUUGGGGCAGCCUCAUCUUACUUGAACUUGGAGAAGCUGGGUGAAGGUUCUUACGCUACAGUUUACAAGGGGAUUAGCCGGAUAAAUGGACAACUAGUGGCUUUAAAAGUCAUCAGCAUGGGGCUUCCCUGCAUGAAUGCAGAGGAAGGAGUCCCAUUUACAGCCAUCCGGGAAGCUUCUCUCCUGAAGGGUUUGAAACAUGACAAUAUUGUGCUGCUCCAUGACAUUAUCCACACCAAAGAGACACUGACAUUCGUUUUUGAAUACAUGCACACAGACCUGGCUCAGUAUAUGUCUCAGCAUCCAGGAGGGCUUCAUCCUCACAAUGUCAGGCUUUUCAUGUUUCAACUUUUGCGGGGCCUGGCGUACAUCCACCACCAACACGUUCUCCACAGGGACCUGAAACCUCAGAACUUACUCAUCAGUCACCUGGGAGAGCUCAAACUGGCUGAUUUUGGUCUUGCUCGGGCCAAGUCCAUUCCCAGCCAGACAUACUCUUCAGAAGUUGUGACUCUCUGGUACCGCCCUCCUGAUGCCUUGCUGGGAGCCACUGAAUAUUCCUCUGAACUGGACAUAUGGGGUGCAGGCUGCAUCUUUAUUGAAAUGUUCCAGGGUCAACCCUUGUUUCCUGGGGUUUCCAACAUCCUUGAACAGCUGGAGAAGAUCUGGAAGGUGCUGGGAGUCCCUACGGAGGAUAACUGGCCUGGAGUUUCCAAGCUACCUAACUACAAUCCAGAAUGGUUCCCACUGCCUAAGCCUCAGAGCCUUCAGAAUGUCUGCAACUGGUUAGGCAGGGCUCCGGAAGCUGAAGACCUGGCCUCCCAAAUGCUGAAAGGCUUUCCAAGAGACCGUGUCUCUGCCCAGGAAGCACUGGUUCACAAUUAUUUCAGGGCCCUGCCUGCUCAACUGCACCAACUUCCUGAUGUGGAGUCUUUAUUUACAGUUUCAGGAGUGAGGCUAAAGCCAGAAAUGUGUGACCUUUUGGCCUCCUACCGGAAAGGUCACCACCUAGCCGGGUUUAGCAAAUGCUGGUGAAAAGAAAGGGCGAGAUCACCAAGAUUUUCCAGGGCUACUGUAUUGCUGUUUCCGUUUUAAUUUGCUUCCACUUACUAAGAAGCUUCAAAUCUAACUCCACACUGGACCAAGGAUUUUAUACCAUCACCUGUGAUGUGGAAUAUUUUAAAUAUGAUGUUCAAGGCAACAGUGCAUAAUACUUGAGGAAAAAGCAAUGAAAGGUUAUUGCUGUUGUCAUUUGCCUAGAAUUUAACAGUGAUUGGCUCAAAAAUUAGACAUAGAUUGAAAUCAUCUGAGAAGAGAACUUCUGAAUAAUUUCAUUCAUUUCGUUAUUUGAUAGAAUGAUCCCUGGGCCAGAAGGAGAACAGGACAGACGGGAGACAACAAUUGAAAGACUUUGGAGACAGAGCUGGUGCUUACAGAGGCCUGUCACUCCUGUGGUCACUUACAAUUUCCCGCAACAAAAGGACUUCUGUGGCAAGGAGAGGAUUAGUCUAAAGUUUAGAAAAGUCUCCAGGGAAGGUGGUUUCUUGGAUAAAGUUGUCAACAAAAGGAGUCUUGCUUAAGACUCUUUGUUAUGAUUUCUUGGGGGCGCUUCUUCCUUCACUAACUGGAUUGUCAAAACACAUUACCACCCCAUCCCAGCCAGAUUUUGGGAGUUUGGAUUGAGCUGCUGGUUAGAAUUAAAUUUCAGGCUGUCUCCUUCUACUGAAUCCUAAUUGUCUGUGAUGACAGCAAAAGUGAUGAGUAAUCUCAGCUCUGAUUUGAUGGCAGAGAUACUGAAUAGAUAGAUAAGAGCAAAGAGUUCCAAAGCUGUAAUUCAA